CCCUACUUGGUUUAUAUCUUUGACUCUCUCCCGCCGUCACCCUGGAGGCAGCAUCCGCACGCAUGGCAGCGAGGGACCGGUUCGGUGCCUUUGCUGACCUGGGGCUCACGCCGGUCCAGCGCGCAGUCCGUCAUGCCUGCGAUAUCUCCCAAUACGAGCCCAACCUCGCCCUGAACCUCGAGGUUGCGGACCUGAUCAACUCCAAGAAAGGCAAUGCACCCCGAGAAGCGACCUUUGAAAUUGUCUACCUGAUCAACUCCCGGAACCAGAAUGUAUCGUUACUUGCGCUGGCGCUGCUCGAUAUUUGUGUCAAGAACUGCGGAUACCCUUUCCACCUCCAGAUCAGCACCAAGGAGUUUCUAAAUGAGCUGGUACGACGGUUCCCUGAGAGGCCACCUAUGCGGCCGUCUCGGGUGCAGCAUCGCAUUCUCGAGUCGAUUGAAGAGUGGCGGCAGACGAUUUGCCAGACUUCGCGGUAUAAGGAGGAUCUGGGUCAUAUAAGGGACAUGCACCGGCUGUUGCUUUACAAGGGUUAUAUGUUUCCGGAGAUUCGUGCUGAUGAUGCAGCUGUUUUGAAUCCUAGUGAUAACCUUCGAUCGGCCGAGGAAAUGGAAGAGGAAGAAAGGGAGGCGCAAUCGGCGAAAUUGCAAGAGUUGAUCCGACGCGGUACACCGGCGGACUUGCAGGAGGCCAAUCGGUUGAUGAAGGUCAUGGCAGGAUAUGACAAUCGGCACAAGACAGAUUACCGGGCCAAGGCAGCCGAAGAGGUUGCCAGGGUUCAGCAAAAGGCCAAAAUUCUGGAGGAAAUGUUGGAGAGUCACAAGCCUGGGGAUCCCAUUGCGGAGGGUGAUGUAUUCGAGGAACUCGCGAAUGCGCUCAUUAGUGCCCACCCGAAGAUCCAGAAAAUGUGCGAAGAAGAGUCGGAUGAUGCCGAGGCUGUUCGCAAGUUGUUGGAGAUCAACGACAGCAUCCACCGCACUAUCGAACGGUAUAGAUUGGUCAAGAAGGGCGAUGUUGACGGAGCGGCACGUAUUCCGAAGGGUACGCUGGGUACGACGACGGGUGUGUCCAAGAAUGCGAAUAAUGAGUUGUCUUUGAUCGAUUUCGACCCGGAGCCUAGCCCCAGUGCCGGUGGAUCGCAGCAAGCCACGCCUGCCCAGGGAGGUAAUUCAUUGGAAAACGAUUUGCUUGGACUGUCGUUGGACGACCAGGUGCCUUCAGGGGGUAUCUCCUUGGGGCCUACUGUUCCACCGACCAACCCACUCAAUCAGUCAACAUCCCCGACACCACCAGUGCAGCAAGCCUCGCUAUCUUCUAAGCCCAACUAUGAUAUCCUGUCAUCGUUGAGCUCUCCACAACCAACCACCCAGGCUCCACCAUCCAUCCCCGGGUUCUCACAGCCGCCACAGCCGCCACCCCAAAAACUGCAAGCACCAGCAGCAGCAGACCCAUUCGCAUCGCUGAUAUCCGGCAGCUCUCGAGGAUCAAGUCCAUUCUCCCCGGCCGUAAGCCAAACACCACCGGCAAUGACUCGGAGCGGAACUCCCGCUCGGCCGGCAACACAGCCGACGGAAGAGGACGAAUGGAACUUUACCUCAUCGCUACCAGAGAGCAACAGCGCCCUCCCCAGCACAAGCAAAGUGGCCGUACUGGAUUCGUCAUUGCGAAUUGAGUUUGUGGCACGGCGACAUCCGUCUCAGCCACGAUUGAUUCAUAUAGUGGGAUCAUUUUCGAAUCGCACGAGUCAACCGAUACAAGAGCUUCACUUCCAGGUGGCUGUGGAGAAGGCAUAUCGCUUACAACUCCGACCGCAAACUGGCCGGGAGAUCUCCGCGUUGCAGCAGAACGGCGUCCAGCAGGAGAUGUUAGUGGAUGGGGUUGAGUCUGGGCAGGGUAGCUCGGUGAAGAUGCGGUUCCGAGUAUCGUACGUGGCAGGUGGACAAAGGAAGGAGGAGCAGGGGAUGGUUCCGCCAUUAGGAAUAUCCUAAUCAGGGGAAGAAGAUUCAAGAGAGCACGAACAGUCCGACGUGGAGUCAGAAUCUAACCGGGACAUUUCUCCGCUGGACGGCCAUUUGUCCGAGUAAGCCAUUGCCAAUGAUACGACUUACCGACGAAGCGCCGCAAAAGGGCACGGCUGAGCUAAGAGGGAUGAUGAAUGGAGCGGAGAGUACAUCGGACAUGUCCGUGUGGAGACGGUGUAGUUAGUGGUUGGCUAUUGAUUUGCUUCAUUUGUGUCAGUUGACAGGAUACUAAGAAAAUCCAAAGUAAGGGCCCGUCCCGUGGCAUUUUACAGACCAAGAGCAUAUACGAACAGUGACAGACUUCACCCCACCCCCAGGGACCCAUCAAAAUAGCCUUCUCACAACAUCGUUCCCUGGGACAGAGCGCUGGGACGCUCGUAGAGAGACCAUACAUAUUGAAUGGAGGAACGGAGCAGAGGCCGGUGGCGAAAAGAGGGG